UUGUGUGCUACCCGAUCCAAACUUGUUAUUUGCUGCCCUUCAACACACACAUUUGACAACUUUGUAACUCUUUUGGAAUACACGACAAUAUCCAGGAAUCCAGUAAAUAUGUUUCAAGCACGGCUUGUCUUUCGGCGAAUAUUAUCUACAAAACAGCCAUGUUUUUCCAAAAGUUUAAAGACCUUUUUAAGAAGAAGACAAUUCUGUAGCAGUGCUGAUGUCACUAGCAUCACUGGAAACACUCUGAACAACGCUGUAGAUAACCACAGCAACACUGCAGACAGAAUUAACAGUUCUGCAGACAGGCUAAAUAGUAUUGCCAUUGACCAAAACAGUGCUGCAGAUAGUGAAAUUAGUUCCGGAAAUAGAGUUAAUGAGAGAGUCAAUGGCAACAUAUCGGAUAGUGACAAUGAAGGUGUUCCAUUAAAUCAUUAUAAAGGGAAUAUAAGGCAGCAUAGACUGGACAAAGCGAAGGAGUUUAUGGAUAACUUGAGUCCGGAAUUGAUCGAGAAGAAAAAGCAAAUUGAAGCAAUAAUAGAAGGACUGAUUGUAUCAAAUGCUCUGGUGCCAGAUAACAUUGACCUCAUUGACUGGCAACAGUUGCUUGGACGGAAUGCCACUUACCAUUCAAUAGCAAAGUAUUGUAAAUACUUGUUCUUGGCAGAAACUUCGAAGAAAAAUGAUCAGCAGAAGAAAAUGGCACGAAGACUUGAGUUGCAAGAAAGGAAUAAGAUUCCCAUGCCGGAGGAUCAAUUCAAGUAUAACCUACCUUUAUUUCAGAGAGAAAUAGUGAAAAAAAAUUGGAGCCGUCUAAGAUGCCUAACCAGUAGUAUCCCUAUGAUACUAGACUUCAAUUAUCCUGACUGCUCUAUCCGUGAAAAGACACAAUCUAUGUCACAGCUGAGUGAAAUCAUGCGGGUUAACUACACCCAUCCCCAACCUUGCCAUCUUCAUAUGACAAGUGCGAUGGAUAAUGAUUUUUUAAAAGAGUUUCAUGAAUUAAACGGGGACGUAUUAUGUGGUACGGUCCACGAAAAACCCUUCUGGGAGGUGUUUCCAAAGGACAAUUUAGUGUACCUAACUCCAGAUGGUCCUGCGUUGAAGCAUUUCACAGGGAAUGAGAUUUUUAUCAUAGGCGGUCUGGUGGACAUCUAUGAUGCCGCCCCUGUGUCCUACAUCAAGGCAAAAAAACUGGGAAUCCGCUGUGCCUCCCUCCCCCUGAUGGAGCAUUUGUUCAUACAUGACAAAAAGCGGCUCCCACUAAACCAUGUAGUCCAGAUCAUGUUGGACUUUAUGCUGCACCAUGACUGGCCUCGAGCAUUCAAAUCACUCUCCAAGCGCAAGUACUUCCCAAAGACACAGGAGGGCUGGAGAGGGAAGCAGUUGGCACAAGAAAGGUCAAGGGAUAGCAGCUUUGUGAAAAAAAUAAAAAGAUAUGAGCAACACAUCACGUAUUAAAGCAGUGGUUAUAUGUAUAAGGAUACACUAUAAUUUAAAAGUUAAAGUUAGGAUUAAAAUUGUAUACUGAAGUUCAGCAAGAUGCCUCGCCACAGAGGCUGAAUAACAAGAUCAAGAUUGUGAUUUUUGAAUGAGGACUGUGUGAUACAUGCAACAAGACAUCUUUCCAUAGUGAAAGUUUGAAAUUCAGACCUGGUUUUCAAACAAGGAAGCGACAUUCAUUAAAUGUUUGGAUUAUAUUGGGAUGAUUUUUAGAACUUUGUUGAAGUUGACAACAUGAUUAAUGACAUUGUUGUUAACUUUAAAACGUAAACUAUUUGAUGAUGUGCUAAUAUAUUCAGAUAAAACAAGUACAGCUGCUGUACAGGAACUUGUCUCAAAUCUUAUUAGGAACACUACAGGUCAGUGUCUCCUUUAAACUUUCAGAGCAGUAAAAAUUGAAAGUUAAUUAUGAUGCCAUUAACAAAGUUGUUAACUUUAAAAAAGUACUGAACAAUCAGGCCAGUGUGCGGUGUUUUGGGUUUGCAUAAAAGUCAGAUAAAUACAAUUUGCUGUAUUCGUCAUUUCGUGUUGAGGAUUAUAGUUAUGUGGGAAAGAAGCAACACUCAAUCCAGUCAACUACAUGGCCAGCCCAGCUCAAUUUAGAACAACUAUAUUACAAAACUUGAAUUUGAGCUUAGAUUUUGAAUAUUCUUGGUAUCUCAACUGUAAUGUGUAUGUACAAUGUCGAUAUAUUCAAGGAACUAACUGUAAUUGCCUAUUUUUAUUUAAAGUCCUUUAUUGCAUAAAUUUCAUUGAAAAUCAAGCUUAUGAUGCAGAGAACAAUAGGACUCAUUUAUCAGACAUCAUAACAUGAUGUUGCAUUUUGCUAAUAUCAGAAAAUAAUUUCUAGUAUUUAGUUACUUAAUUUUUUUAUAACUAAUUCUGGAUUUGGAUUGUUUUCCCAAUUAUGUUUAAAUAUGAUAUUGGUAAUGUUUAUGUGAUAAGAUCAAUUUUGCUGCUAAAAUAUUUUUAAGAGUUAAAUGUUUAUGCCGCAGUUGUAAUCUGAGUUGGGUUAUGUAUUUUAUAUUUACUGUUUAAUAUUGUAGAGAAAAUUGUUUUUCAUGAUUGAAACAGUCGUAAGUUAACAAAAUGAUCAUUGUUAUUUGAAAUAAAGGUUUUAACUAGGGAUGGCAAUGAGUACCCGAGUACUCGAUCGAACGUCCGAGUACUCGAGUACCAAAUCACUACUCGAGUACUCGGAAAAAAAAAUCUAUAAAAAUCACCAAAUACACGAUUUACAGACAUAAUAUCAGAUCUGGUUAGUUGCCAAAAGGACAUUGUACGGUCCCUCUAAUCCCCGCUGUGUAUACAAUUGACCUCAAUAAAUUAGUUGACAGUUGUUGUGAUAGUUGCAAACUGUCAACAAAGGACCCCUAUUUCAAAUUAGCACUGAUAUCAAUUAGCGAAGUUUUGAUAGCGGUACUUUCACCUACACAAUUCUAUUGUAUACCAAUUAGUUUAAACAUUAUAUAUUUUACAACUAUUGUGAAGAAAGCUAUGAUAGCUUGUACUGAGUCACUCUCGUUGGCACGAUGUUGCGCGAGAGUGUGGCCUUGUGUUGUGGGGGAAACCGGAGAAAACCCACUUGUCCGGCUUGGUGACCACUAACCAAACUCACAUGCGCCCAGGCCGGGAAUCGUACCCGGGUCGCCUUGGUGAGAAGUUAGUGCGCUAACCACUGCGCUAACCGGACAACCAAAUACCAAUUAGAGACCUUUCACCAAACAAUGGACGCUAACGAGCGAAAGAGUAUCGACCGUUACGAGAAUUGAUUUCUUAAUGGGCGUAUUUUAAUUAUUUUUGCAAUGAUUAUCACAAUUGAUUGGUUGAUAUUUUAAAUAAAGAAUUAUGAAUAUUAAUGAGGUAAACAACAAUUACACAGUACGAAAAACUAUCAUUUGAAAAAGAUAAUUUGUAGAGUAAACAACUAAAAAACUGAACUUCGUAUUGAAUUUCGGUCACUUUUUAUGUAUGCUAUUAAUUUUCGUUCUUUGAAAUUCUGAUUGUUGUUCAUUUCUGCAGUGCAUACUUGUAUAAAAUGAAACGAAUAAAACAAAUUAAAAGCCUGAAACAACA